UAAUGUCAUCUAAAGUCAGUCAAAGUUGACAAAUAAAGUUUUAUAGUGAGAAUUUUAUCGAAGAAAAUAUAGAAUUUAAAGAUUUCUUGAUCAAUAUUAACUGACAACAUACAUCGAAAUUGAAAUAAUCAUAAAUAUACAAUUCUGUUCUAGUUAACACUUCUUAAAAUACCACAAGAUGGGUUUCGAUUAUUAUGGUAUUUUGGGCGUGAAACGCAAUUGCAAUCAGUUGGAAAUAAAAAAAGCGUAUAGACGUCUCGCGCUCAAGUACAACCCAGAAAGACACGAUAACGAUGAAAAUAUGAAACGGAUCUUCGCGCUCAUAGGCGAAGCUUAUGAGGUCCUAGUCGAUCAUAAAAGACGAGCAGUGUUCGAUCAAUAUGGAGAAGAAGGUCUUAAGAGAGGUGUUCCUGGUCCGACAGAAUACAUCCAACCUUAUUCUUACCAUGGUGAACCUCUGAGAACAUUCCACGAAUUCUUCGGCACCACAAACCCUUACGCCGACCUACUAGACUAUUACGAAAAUCCGCCUCCAAUGUUCGACUCUCCAUUAGGCAAAGGGUAUAAAGAAAAGGAUCCAACGAUAGUCAGACCGCUAGCUUUGGCACUAGAAGAGAUAUACAAAGGUGGUUUAAAGAAAAUGAAGAUACAACGCCUGGUGUUCACCGACGAAACUUGCUCGGAAUUGAAAUUGCGUGAGAAAGUCUUGUCCAUACCGAUUAAGCCAGGCAUUUAUCCAAAUACAGAAAUAAGAUUCAAGGAAGAAGGCGAUCAAGGUCCGACUAGAAUUCCUGCCGACGUUAUUUUCAUAACGGAAGAUAGACCGCACGAAACUUACGUGCGAUCAGGGUUGAGUGAUCUGUUGACGGUGCAAUCUGUCUCCUUAAAAGACGCUUUGUGUGGUUACAUGAUAACCUUGAAAACUUUGGAUGAUCGAACGUUGAGGGUCAUCAUUGAUGACGUAAUAACGCCGACCUAUGAGAAAAUCGUUGAGGAUGAAGGACUACCUAUCCCAGUUUGCCCUAAAAGGGCUAAAGGGAAUCUGAUAAUUCGCUUCCAAAUCACGUUCCCUGUUUAUUUAUCGAAACAUACCAAAAAAUCGUUUGAAGAAUCAUUUAAAGUUAUGGAAGUAGAGGAAGAGAAAUAUGAAAAACUGCCUUGUGGGACGCUUUCGACGCCGUCUAUUUAUAAAAUGAAUUAAAUUUAUACAUUACUAUAGUUUAUUAGAAAUAUAUUUAUA